AUGACAACAGGCGAGCCAACGGUGCCGGCGAUAUACAUUCGCGGUGGAACCAGCAAAGCGCUCUUCUUCCACGAAAAGGACAUUCCACCGCAUGGACCUAAUCGAGAUCGAUUUCUGAUGCGUAUCAUGGGCAGUCCGGAUCCGAUGCAGAUUGAUGGCAUGGGAGGGACAUAUCCAGUCACCUCUAAAGUUGCCAUCAUCAGACCUUCCGAGCGAGAGGACGCCGACGUGGAUUUCAUUUUCUGUCAAGUCUCGGUCAACUCAAGGUUCGUGGACUACGAUGCAGGUUGUGGAAAUAUCUCGUCUGGAGUGGGACCGUUUGCCAUCAACGAGGGACUCGUGAAAGAGAAGCGAUUAAGUAAUGCUGCAGAUCCGAGCAUCAUCAGUCAGGAGGUUCGCAUGUAUCAGACGGGAACGAAGAAGGUGCUUAUAACACAUGUCCCGAUCAACGAGAAGACCGGCAGAUUCUUGGAAAAGGGUGACUAUGAGAUUGCUGGAUGUCCGGGAUCUGGCUCACCCAUUCUGAUGGAUUACCGACAGACAGUAGGAGGUGCUGUUGGGCGAGGCUUGAUGCCGACAGGGAAACCAGUGGACACCAUGCAGCUCGAUGGUCAGACUGUUCAGUACACCAUUUGCGACGCUGCUCACAUCAUAGCGUUUGCAAAGGCGGAAGACUUUGGUCUGAUCGGCGACGAACAUCCCAAGAAGAUCAACGAGGACAAGCAGCUGCUCAAGCGAAUUCGAGAGUUCCGUGGUCGUGCAGCACAUUCCGUUGGUUUGUGUCGCGACUGGACCACCGUCGACGAGGAUACUCCGAUCUUGCCUAUGGUAGCAUUGCUGUCGUCGACUCCAGAUGAAAAUGCUCAUAUACAGUCGCGGCUCUUCUUGGAUAAUGCCUGCCACUCAGCCAUGGCAGGUGCAGGAGCCACUUGCACAGCAGCCUGCAGUCGAAUACCUGGCUCCUUGGUCGCGGAGCUUACGAGACCGAGUGCGGUCCACGAGAAAGAGUUUAAUGUCCACCAUCCUUCAGGCAUCCUGCCGAUAUCUCUCGAGGUUGGUGAGACUGGGAGCGACGGCUUGCCGACUUUCAAGACAUUGUCGUUUGUGCGCACAGCUAGAUUUCUCUUCAAGGGCGAGUUGUAUAUUCCUGAUGACCUGGAGCUAUCCACAGAUGCAACAUCCAGCUAG